AUGUCAGGAACACGCCAUUCGUCCGCGCCCGCGCUUUGCCACGAUAAAGACGACACUCUGAAAGUUAUCCCCAACAUCCCAGUCCCAGAGCUUGUGGAGGGCGAAGUCGUGGUGAUAGUCAUGUAUUCAGGAGUUAACCCCGCUGACAUCGUACACGACUUUAAGGUCGGCGAUAUGAUGGCCGGCUACACGCCUACGGGUAUCGGCAGGCCCUCCAAGUACGGCACCCAUCAAGAGUACCUCAGCUGUCCAGAACGCCUUAUGUUUAAGGUGCCCGAGAACCUCCCUCCAACACAUGCCGCCUGUAUAACUGCGGUCACCGCAACGGCUGCCGACGGGCUGUAUAACGUCUUUGGGUUCCCACUCCCAGGCCAAGAGCCGGCCAGCAGCUUUAGGCGCGGCCCUUGGCUAAUUUGGGGCGGGUCGGGGAGCGUUGGGAUCUGCAUGCUGCAGCUUGCCCGGGCUAGCUGCGCGUCCCCAAUCUUCGUCACGGCGUCGCCUCGUAGGCACGAACUACUUAAGAGGCUCGGGACAACCCGGUGCUUUGACUACCGGGACCCCGACGUGAUCUCACAAAUCAGGACGGCGGCGGGAGAGUCCGGAGCCGGACCAAUCGCGUACGCGGCCGACUGCACCGGGACUGGGGGAAUACGGGAGGCGGGAAGGGAAACGCUCAUCUCGGCUGAGCAGGCAGAGGCGUGCGGCGAUGGUAACACGCUUGUUUUAUCGGUCGUGUCCCACGAGACUAAGCAAUAUAAGCUAAUGAUGGCGUCGGCAAAUAGGGCGUUCCAAUUCCGACAGCCCAAUGGAAUUGUGCUCUCGUUCCCGGAACGGCCUGAGGACUGCGAGAGAAUACGCGAGACAUUAAAGUGGGCUGUUGAUAAAUACGGCACUGAGUUUGAGAUGUCCAAGGUGGAAGUAUUCGAGGGUUCUGCCGAGAAUGCGUUAAUAAGGGUGCAGAACGUGAUGGACCGGGGUGAGUUCGGAAAACUUGUUUUGGUCCAGCCGCCGUUAUAA